GUUGCCAUGAAACUACUCAUACUAAUUUUGACACUUACGAAAACUACCUUACUAAUAUCUUAAAAAUAACUGACUUAAAUAAUUUACCCCUUCCGCCCACUGACUUAACUACUUUAAUUAAUUUCUAUCUUAACCCCCCUACUCAUCCUUGUCCGCCUUGCUCCCUCCCUCAUUUACCCGAACCCCAUGUUUGUCCUCCCACUUGUUCGGAAACUUACCAUCGCCAAUUGGAGCAAGCGGUAAUUGAAGAGUUAAAUACUCAUUUAGGACUGGGGCUAAAAGAACCAACUUCGAACCAAAUGGUUAACCACUUAAACCAAUUGUUAAGAAAACCGUUUCGAGGAGUCACAAACAGCCAGCCAGUUUCUCCCAUUAUUAAGCGAGGAGUAGAUUUAGAAAAUAUUCAGCAAACCAGUUUAUGCUUUUUAAAAGAAAUAUUAUCCACUAUCCCUCAGGAAGUCCAAAAAAACAUUCUUUCCGCUCAGAAUUACCAAGAAAUAGUUCAGAUUGAAAAAAAACUUAUCCAAGCCUCCUUUGGAGAGCAAUUCCAAACUAACCGGAUACUACAGGAGGAAACAUAUAUGAGAGGAAUCGUAAGGUAUAAAGUUAAUUAUGGAAGUUAUUUUGAAGUAAAUAGAGACCGAGUUGGUAGGGUUUUAGAAGUAGAAAAUGGAAAUAAUGAUUACUUUAAGGACUGA